UCGUAGUACAGGCCACAGGAGGCAUUACAGAUCCAGGUGGGGUCAUGAGGGGUUGCAGGCAUCGGGCUGGAAGAGCUGCGAGGAAGAGGAGGCAGAAACAAGAAAGUCUCAUCCAGUCAGUUUCUCUGUGUCACCAUCUGCAGUAUGUGAAGCUAUUGAAAUUUCUUCACCAACGGGGAUUCACCUCAACGCUGCUGCAGCCAGCCCUCUUCACUGACACAGGCAGAGGACUGCAAGCUCUCAAGACCAUAAAGCCUGGCCAGCUGGUCAUUUCUCUGCCAGAGUCCUGUCUCCUCACAACCUCAACUGUUCUGGACAGCUACCUGGGACAGUAUAUCAAGAGCUGGAAGCCCCGCCUCUCUCCUCUGUUGGCACUCUGUGUCUUCCUGGUGUGUGAGCGGCACAGAGGAGAGGCCUCCGACUGGUUCCCUUACAUCAACGUGCUGCCUACCACUUACACCUGCCCCGCCUACUUCACCGAUGAUGCCAUGGCUGUUCUGCCUGCCAGUGUGCGGCGACGGGCUUUGGAGCAGAGGGAGGAGGUGCGAGUCCACUCCUUUAAUCAAGACUUCUUC